AUGAUUAACACCUUCGGUGUUGCUACCUCAUACAUUGUCAAGGCUUACCCCAAGCUCGAUAUUGUCACUGUUAUGACCUUCAGUUCCAGUACUAGCGAGACGGUCGGUCAAAAUGCCUUCUGGGCUGGUGUCAAGGCCUAUUGGGAGGGUCUUCCUACCUGGAACGCGGCCGGCAACUACGAGUACUGGAAUAUCUUUCAGACUGGUCCGGGCUCUCUUAUCUUCACCAUGCUCCCCUGGUUUGCACCCACUAUGACCCGUGCGGAACUCAAGACCCUUAUCGCCCCUCUUUUUGCUAGAUGGACUGAGCUUGAGAUCACCAUUGAUCUAGUCUAA